AGUGUGCUGCAGACUAGUUCUGCGCUUGGCCGGAGAGAGCUCCGGGCGCAGCCUCGCUGUUGGUCAAACCAGCAGCAAGUGCGCCCUGAGCGCUCGGCCACAGGGCAGCAUCUACAUUAUUUGAUGAUACGCGUGGCAUUGUGGAAGUGGGAUUGGUAUAGAGCCGGAGGCGAGGCCCAAGCAGCGCCAGCGAGAACAAGACAACUGCUGACUGCUGUAAUGGAUGCAUAGACAAACGUGCGUCAGCACAGACUAGUACUGUCACAUGUAACACUUCAACUAUUGUCAAGGCGCCUGCCUCGUCCACCCUGCAUGAGGUGACCCUGGAACCAACCCCCGCGCUCCGGCGCUCGGACCUUGGCCUCGCUUACAGUCCUGCGCUACUGUAAAACCGUAAAACAUCUAGGUUUGACUUUAUUUUAUAGAAUGCAUUCAUGGCCUUCCCUGAGGAGUUUUCUGAAGAAGUCAUAGACGAAGAAGAAGUGCCUACUACAUCGUUAGGUUCAGAGUAUUUGCCAGGUAGUGCUGAUCAGGAAGAGGAGGAGGAGGAGGAGGAGGAGGAGGAGGAGACUUCGGAGGGGAAACAAGGCACUGGAGAACUGGAGCGGCCCAGCGAAGUCGUCGCAGCUCAACCCGAGGUGCACUUUAACAAUGGCGAAGCUACCGCGCGCGCGGAAGCGGACUGCCAUGCGGAGCAACGCGGUCAAGACGAGUCACACGGGGAUGAAGGCAUGGCGACGGGAGCGAUGGCAGAACCGCCUCCUGGUGGGCCGCUUCCCCACCAGCACGCGGAUGGCGAUGACCAAGAUAUGGAAGAUGAAGGAGCGGGCGCCCCAAAGGCAGCAGAGGCGGAUAACGGCAGAGAUCGAAGGGCAGCUACAGCCGGAGCAGAUUAGAGCCCUGGCGCUCUUAAGCGACAAGCUGCAGCAGCUGCGCCCACGUGUGCGCACCUGCCAGCCUGCGCCUGCCAGGCAGUCUGAGCCGGUGACGGCGGCGGUGGUAGCGGACACGUCAGAGGCCGCAGGGUUGAGCAGAGGCGCUUCAGAAACGGGCGGAGAUGAGGCUGCCGCCAUGCACCCAGGCGGAGGCGACGGGCCCAGCAGCAGGGGCGGGGGGAGUGGCCACGCAGCAGCAGCAGCAGCUCGGACCAAAUACCCGCAACGCACGGACCAGCAGAAGCGGCACCGCUCAGCUGAGGAGUACGUGGAGCAUACCUGGGAUCGUUUGGCUACACAGCAUGACAAGCACGUGGCGCGGGGGAAAGGGGAGCUGGCGACCUUGGGCUUGGCUGCGGAUGCAGAACAUGGUGUGAAAUCGUACACGACGCACGCAAUGCCCAUCCGGAUUUUAUUUGAUCUGCGCAGCAUCACCGUCCGCGAGCUCUACGAGAUGUAUGAGCGCGCGGGGCAACUUGACACGACGACCGUGAUGGACGUGAUCGAGCACAUUAUGGUGACGGCCAUUCAGAACGACACCCGCCCCGUCCAAGGUGAAGAGCUCAGCGAGGCGCAGCUUCUGCCAGCGCUGAAACUUCAGACCAGCACCUGGAACAAGGAGUCGGCGCGCUGGCUUGGAACGUCCCUCUACAACAUGCUAAAGACGGUGCGGGAGCGCCUGACUGAGAAGUUGAAGGUGGGGCUGCCGGCGCCGCCAACAGUCGCAGCAGUGCCGCAGGCGUCCCCGGAGGCGGCGCCGGCUACGGACAGCGGCACGGCGGGCUUGGAGCUGGAGGCAGGCGGCACUGCGGCAGCCGCGGCGGCGGCGGUGGGCGUGGACGCCCCCACUGAUGGCGCGAGAGCCGAGCUGCAGGUGGGGCUGCCGGCGCCGCCAACAGCCGCAGCAGUGCCGCAGGCGUCCCCGGAGGCGGCGCCGGCUACGGACAGCGGCACGGCGGGCUUGGAGCUGGAGGCAGGCGGCAUUGCGGCAGCCGCGGCGGCGGCGGUGGGCGUGGACGCCCCCACUGACGGCGCGAGAGCCGAGCUGCAGGUGGGGCUGCCGGCGCCGCCAACAGCCGCAGCAGUGCCGCAGGCGUCCCCGGAGGCGGCGCCGGCUACGGACAGCGGCACGGCGGGCUUGGAGCUGGAGGCAGGCGGCACUGCGGCAGCCGCGGCGGCGGCGGUGGGCGUGGACGCCCCCACUGACGGCGCGCUAACCAUGCAGCGCGUGGAUGUGUUCAGGACCGCCCUAGCGUCUCUGGACACCAAGAUGCGUCGAGGGUCCCGCAGUAUCCAUGCUGAAAAGUGGAGGCAAGAGGUGCUGCCAUUGCUCUUUGAGAUCUACAUCCGCCGGGUGUUUUUGAAGGGCCUGCUGUGGGACUUUCUGCAUUACUCGGCGACAAUCAGUUCGAAUGUGCCACCCGGCUCCCGGGACAAGCUCCCCAGCCUUCGCCACAUGAGCAACCUAGUGAUCAUGCGAGGGCACACUCGUGGGUCGGCACUGGAGGCCGUUCGGCGUGCCAACCCUGGCUUGAUGAAGGACUGGGUGAAAGCCGCCAACGCAGGCGGCGGCCGCAGGCGGCAUGCAGCCGAGGAGGACCUGGACGGCGACGACGGCGGUGUGGGCCACGACGGCGAGGGCCGGGGCGGCGAGGCCCACGCUACCCACGCCGAGGAGGAUGACCAGCCGCCGCAGACCACGGGCCGGCGAAAACGCCGCGGUGGCGGGGCAGCUGCUGCGGCGGGGCGAGGCCGCAGAACCAGCAGGCGGGGCCGCGGCAUUCAGGGCGGCGGAGACGGCGACGGUGGCGAGCUGGAGCCUGGCCCUGGCGACGUGUCGGCCGACGCCUCCGGUGACGGCAUCGGCGGCGAGGCCCACGCUACCCACGCUGAGGAGGAUGACCAGCCGCCGCAGACCACGGGCCGGCGAAAACGCCGCGGUGGCGGGGCAGCUGCUGCGGCGGGGCGAGGCCGCAGAACCAGCAGGCGGGGCCGCGGCAUUCAGGGCGGCGGAGACGGCGACGGUGGCGAGCUGGAGCCUGGCCCUGGCGACGUGUCGGCCGACGCCUCCGGUGACGGCAUCGGCGGCGAGGCCCACGCUACCCACGCUGAGGAGGAUGACCAGCCGCCGCAGACCACGGGCCGGCGAAAACGCCGCGGUGGCGGGGCAGCUGCUGCGGCGGGGCGAGGCCGCAGAACCAGCAGGCGGGGCCGCGGCAUUCAGGGCGGCGGAGACGGCGGCGGUGGCGAGCUGGAGCCUGGCCCUGGCGACGUGUCGGCGGACGCCUCUGGUGACGGCAUCGGCGGCGAGGCCCACGCUACCCACGCCGAGGAGGAUGACCAGCCGCCGCCGACCACGGGCCGGCGAAAACGCCGCGGUGGCGGGGCAGCUGCUGCGGCGGGGCGAGGCCGCAGAACCAGCAGGCGGGGCCGCGGCAUUCAGGGCGGCGGAGACGGCGGCGGUGGCGAGCUGGAGCCUGGCCCUGGCGACGUCGGCUGCGACGCCCACACUACCCACGCCGAGGAGGAUGAGCAGCCGCUGCGGACCAUGGCAGCUGAUGAGGCGGGGCGAGGCCCCAGCACCAGCAGGCCGGGCCGCGGCAUUCAGGGCGGUGGAGACGGCGGCGGUGGCGAGCUGGAGCCUGGCCCUGGCGACGUCGGCUGCGAGGCCCACACUACCCACGCCGAGGAGGAUGAGCAGCCGCUGCGGACCAUGGCAGCUGAUGAGGCGGGGCGAGGCCCCAGCACCAGCAGGCCGGGCCGCGGCAUUCAGGGCGGUGGAGACGGCGGCGGUGGCGAGCUGGAGCCUGGCCCUGGCGACGUGUCGGCGGACGCCUCCGGUGAUGGCAUCGGCGGCGGCGGUGGUGGUGGCGAGCCGGGCUCUGGCCCUGGCGACAUGUCGGAUGCUGAGCCCCAGGCUGAGGCCGUCAUCAUGAGGGGUACCGCCAUGGCUGUACGAGUUCCGCAGGCGCUGAAGCGUCCAGCUGGUGUGACAAAGGCCGGGCGUAAAUGGUUCAAGGCGGAUGUCAACAUCCACGCGCACUUGGUACGAGAGCAGUGGCAACCUGCAGCGCAGCCUGGGGCUGCAGGCACAGGGACAUGCCUGCAGUACUGCAAAUACGUGUGGUCGUUGGGCCCGUACGCCGAGGACAAGCUGCCUAAGGAGCCCUUGCCUAAAACGCGGAAGUACUGGCGGACACGCUCGCAGCCACGCUUGCAGCAGCACUCGCAGCAGCACGUGCAGCAGCACUCAGAGCAGCACUCAGAGCAGCACUCGGAGCAGCCUGGACCCUCCAUGUCUACAGCGUCGGCCUCCGAGCAGCAGUCACCCAGUGUUCACAAGUACCCCACGCGGCUCAAGCGGAAGGCCAACACUCUGGCCCCCAUCUUGGAGGAAGUAAGCCAGCCGACACCGGACCGCAACACCAGCCCAAGACGCAAGGCAAAGGAUGGCACAACCAACAACGGCACCAAUGGGGCCAGCGGCACUGGUGACACCAUGAUGAACGGUCACGAGACGUGGGAGCACAACAAGAGGCUGGCGGUGCUGGCGCAGCGCCUGGCGGACCCCGAGGACCUGGAGCCAUCCCGCAAGCGCCACAAGAGCCCUACGCCGCAGGAGUAUCUGCACAUGCAGUUCGGCAGCUACGGCGCAUUCCUGGAGCAAAAGUAUGGUGGUGGGGUCGACGAUGAGGACAACGCACCGCUGCCCGACUACGAGCCGCCUGUGUUCAGAGAGAACUUGAGCGAGGCAGAGGCGGCGGAAUUGGACGCGACGCGGCCGGCCAGGCUGGCGAUAGCAAACGCUGCGCGCCUCAGGGCGGGCGAGGCAGGCGCCGGCACCAGCUGCGCGCCAACCUCUGCACCCUCAUCGGCUACCGUGUCGGCUGCACAACUGGCUGUGGCGGCGGCGGCGGGUGGGGCUGCAGCGCCGCGCGCCCGGAGCGCGGGCGGGACGAUCAGGGCAGGCAGCGGCAGCGGCGCGCCCACACCAGCGCCUGUGCAGGCGGCGCCGCCGGCGGCGGGUGGGGCUGCCGCGCCGCGCGCCCGGAGCGCGGGCGGGGUGGGCGGAGCAGGCAGCGGCACCAGCUGCGCGCCAACCUCUGCACCCUCAGCGGCUACGGUGUCGGCUGCACAACUGGCGGUGGCGGCGACGAUGGCUAAGGCGGCGGAACCGCGCGAUGGGAGCGCGGGCGGGACGAUCAGGGCAGGCAGCGGCACCAACUGCGCGCCAACCUCUGCACCCUCAGCGGCUACGGUGUCGGCUGCACAACUGGCGGUGGCGGCGGAGGCGGCUGGGGCUGCAGCGCUGGGCGCUGGGAGCGCGGGCGGGACGAUCAGGGCAGGCAGCGGCACCAGCUGCGCGCAAACCUCUGCACCCUCAGCGGCUACGGUGUCGGCUGCACAACUGGCGGUGGCGGCGGCGGCGGCUGGGGCUGCAGCGCUGGGCGCUGGGAGCGCGGGCGGGACGGUCAGGGCAGGCAGCGGCAUCAGCUGCGCGCCAACCUCUGCACCCUCAGCGGCUACGGUGUCGGCUGCACAACUGGCGGUGGCGGCGGAGGCGGCUGGGGCUGCAGCGCUGGGCGCUGGGAGCGCGGGCGGGACGAUCAGGGCAGGCAGCGGCACCAGCUGCGCGCCAACCUCUGCACCCUCAGCGGCUACGGUGUCGGCUGCACAACUGGCGGUGGCGGCGACGAUGGCUAAGGCGGCGGAACCGCGCGCUGGGAGCGCGGGCGGGACGAUCAGGGCAGGCAGCGGCAUCAGCUGCGCGCCAACCUCUGCACCCUCAGCGGCUACGGUGUCGGCUGCACAACUGGCGGUGGCGGCGGCGGCGGCUGGGGCUGCAGCGCUGGGCGCUGGGAGCGCGGGCGGGACGAUCAGGGCAGGCAGCGGCACCAACUGCGCGCCAACCUCUGCACCCUCAGCGGCUACGGUGUCGGCUGCACAACUGGCGGUGGCGGCGGAGGCGGCUUGGGCUGCAGCGCUGGGCGCUGGGAGCGCGGGCGGGACGAUCAGGGCAGGCAGCGGCAGCGGCGCGCCAACCUCUGCACCCUUAGCGGCUACGGUGUCGGCUGCACAACUGGCGGAGGCAGCGGAGGCGGCUGGGGCUGCAGCGCUGCACGUGCGGGCGGCAGCGGCGGCGGCCGCGGCGCUGGCAGCGGCGGCGGCUGCAGGGCCGCACACGGUCCUUGACGGCAGAGAUGAGGUUCUAAUUGCUGCCAACGGCGGAAUGUCGGAGACAGUCCUGGCGGAGGCCCAUCCCCCGGAGUCAAGGUCGUUCUGGCUUCAGAACCUGUUUCGGCCUGGAGCACGCCUAGAUGAGGUUAUGAUCACCGACAAACAGGUCACGCUACAACGGCAGGAAGUCCAGAAGUUCGCAAAAGGAUCCUCGCUUGGCGAUAAUGUCAUGUGCCGCUUCAUUCACGGCGCACAGGCCCGCGACACGCGGCUGCGUGCGGACAAAGACGCAGCUGCUGCGGCACGGGCAGCGGCCGAGGCAUCGGCAGCUGCCGCGGGAGCCCCAGUCAAGGACGUGUACCUACCGCAAUGCCACUUUCUGUACACGUACUUCUACAACCGGCUGUAUGCGGAUGAGGGCAAGUACUGCUACGACAACGUGAAAAAGUGGACGACACCAAAAAGGCUCAAGGUGGCCGGGCAGUACACCCCCGACAUGAGCAUCUUGCGGCUGGACCGCAUCUUCGUCCCCGUGCACCACGGCAUGCACUACACGUGUGCCGAGGUGGACCUGCGGGCACACGAGCUGCGGUACUAUGACCCACUCAUGCGCGUGGUACCUCUGAAAAAGAAGGACGCCAAGGACGCCGAGGAGGACGCCAAGGUCGCCGAUGACGCCGCAUGGGCACUGGGAGUCGAGGUGCUGGGGAAUCUGGCGCAGUGGGUGGAGGACGAGGCCAAGGACAAGCUGGGCGUGGAUCUGGAGGACGCGGACGACCAACGGUGGCGAGCCACAGAGUGGCAGCGUACGUAUCUGGUGGCGCCACGGCAGAGAGACGGGACAAACGACUGCGGCAUCUUCGCCAUGAUGUACAUGAUGCGCCGCAGCGCCGGCCGGCCGCUGGACUUUGGCGAGGCGGACAUGGACAGGUUGCGUGUGGAGCUGGCCUACAUGCUGUGGCAGGGAGCUGUCCUGUAGCGGCGGUCAAAUAGGAGAGAAGCGGGCAACGGUGUAUUUGGACAGUGGCUGGAAAGUUUGUAAGGGGGGUCGCUUAGGUGCACACGGUUUACAAGUUUACUGAGUGCAUGAUUUGCAUGGCGGCACGGAAAUACAGACUUCACAGGUUUUGCCACAUAAGCUGGGAGAUUUAAGUUAUGAGCGGGCGGCGGGCUUGGGAGACUGAAGUGCAGUUGCCGGUGCAAACCAAUCGCUCCACGGCUCGACAGGGCGUGAACUCCACAAGUGAUUCAGUGUUAGGCUCGUUCCGUGUAGAUUCACACGAAAGCGCCAGAACACGCACGGCACAGCAGCGAUGCCAAGCGACUGGGGAGUGGGUGAGGGAAGGAGUGUGUCAGGUGGGAGGGCGUGAACUCCACAAGUGAUUAAGUGUUAGGCUCGUUCCGUGCAGAUUCACACGAAAGCGCCAGAACACGCACGGCGCAGCAGCGAUGCCAAGCGAUUGGGGAGUGGGUGAGGGAAGGAGUGUGUCAGGUGGGAGGGCGUGAACUCCACAAGUGAUUAAGUGUCAGGCGCGUUCCGUGCAGAUUCACACGAAAGCGCCAGAACACGCACGGCACAGCAGCGAUGCCAAGCGACUGGGGAGUGGGUGAGGGAAGGAGUGUGUCAGGUGGGAGGGCGUGAACUCCACAAGUGAUUAAGUGUUAGGCUCGUUCCGUGCAGAUUCACACGAAAGCGCCAGAACACGCACGGCGCAGCAGCGAUGCCAAGCGAUUGGGGAGUGGGUGAGGGAAGGAGUGUGUCAGGUGGGAGGGCGUGAACUCCACAAGUGAUUAAGUGUUAGGCGCGUUCCGUGCAGAUUCACACGAAAGCGCCAGAACACGCACGGCACAGCAGCGAUGCCAAGCGACUGGGGAGUGGGUGAGGGAAGGAGUGUGUCAGGUGGGAGGGCGUGAACUCCACAAGUGAUUAAGUGUUAGGCUCGUUCCGUGUAGAUUCACACGAAAGCGCCAGAACACGCACGGCACAGCAGCGAUGCCAAGCGACUGGGGAGUGGGUGAGGGAAGGAGUGUGUCAGGUGGGAGGGCGUGAACUCCACAAGUGAUUAAGUGUUAGGCUCGUUCCGUGCAGAUUCACACGAAAGCGCCAGAACACGCACGGCGCAGCAGCGAUGCCAAGCGAUUGGGGAGUGGGUGAGGGAAGGAGUGUGUCAGGUGGGAGGGCGUGAACUCCACAAGUGAUUAAGUGUCAGGCGCGUUCCGUGCAGAUUCACACGAAAGCGCCAGAACACGCACGGCACAGCAGCGAUGCCAAGCGACUGGGGAGUGGGUGAGGGAAGGAGUGUGUCAGGUGGGAGGGCGUGAACUCCACAAGUGAUUAAGUGUUAGGCUCGUUCCGUGCAGAUUCACACGAAAGCGCCAGAACACGCACGGCGCAGCAGCGAUGCCAAGCGAUUGGGGAGUGGGUGAGGGAAGGAGUGUGUCAGGUGGGAGGGCGUGAACUCCACAAGUGAUUAAGUGUCAGGCGCGUUCCGUGCAGAUUCACACGAAAGCGCCAGAACACGCACGGCACAGCAGCGAUGCCAAGCGACUGGGGAGUGGGUGAGGGAAGGAGUGUGUCAGGUGGGAGGGCGUGAACUCCACAAGUGAUUAAGUGUUAGGCUCGUUCCGUGCAGAUUCACACGAAAGCGCCAGAACACGCACGGCGCAGCAGCGAUGCCAAGCGAUUGGGGAGUGGGUGAGGGAAGGAGUGUGUCAGGUGGGAGGGCGUGAACUCCACAAGUGAUUAAGUGUCAGGCGCGUUCCGUGCAGAUUCACACGAAAGCGCCAGAACACGCACGGCACAGCAGCGAUGCCAAGCGACUGGGAAGUGGGUGAGGGAAGGAGUGUGUCAGGUGGGAGGGCGUGAACUCCACAAGUGAUUAAGUGUUAGGCUCGUUUCGUGCAGAUUCACACGAAAGCGCCAGAACACGCACGGCGCAGCAGCGAUGCCAAGCGAUUGGGGAGUGGGCGAGUGCCACCAGCAACGGGAGCAGACUGCAUAGUCGGAGACAACAUUUAU